AUUUCUCCCUCGUCUUAUGAAAUUGAAAAAAAUUCCUACAAAAAAAAAAGUAUCUUUAUUUCAAGAAACAAAAAAAAAUGGCUCAAUGUUGUUUAAUUACAUGUAAUAAUAAAAUUGAAUGUGAAGAUUUUAAUUUAUGUGUUAUUCAUUUGAAAGAAUUAAGUUCCGGUAAUCUUUCAAGUACAAUUCAAAUCAAAUCAUCAGAGGAUACAACUCAUCUUAUAGAAAUUCCAAGAAAAAGUACCGAGUUUAGUGAUAUUGAAAAUAAAUUUUUGGGCGAUUGGGUAAAGCCAAACACGCAGGGAUUGAGAGUGGAAGCGAUUUUUAGUAUAAUUUUACCGAAAUCAAUCGUUAAUAACUAUAAGUCAUAUCGAUCCACUGUUGAAUCUCGUGGAAAGUUUAAGUCGCAAGGUCUAAAAGAAGGAGACGAGCGAAUUUUAUAUCAUGGCACAGAUCACAACUGCGCUGUAAUUUAUGAUGCAUUAAGAGAACUUUGCAAAUCCUCAAAUUGUGCUGGGUGUGGAAUUCUCAUGAACUCUUUCAAACUUGACAAGGUGGGAAUAAAUAAACAAGGACGAUCUUUUCAACGCCUUGGCCAGGGAAUUUAUUUUACACCAUACUCCUCGAAAGCGCAUUUUUAUGGACACGGUGGUGCCAAACCAUUACCUACGGAAGCUGGACGCACUUGCAGAAUGAUGUUCAUGACAAAGGUUGUACUUGGUAAUACAUGGCAACCGGAUCGAGUCUCACAAAAUUGUCGUUCUCCACCGGCUGGGCACGAUUCUACAUGGGGACGUGUAGGAAAAUGUCCUCAUGGCGGAGCUGUUCUAAAUUAUGAAGAAUAUGCAGUAUACCGUAAUGACGCAUGCUUACCAUCAAAAUAUAUCGCCUAUUCAUACACAAGCACAAAUGAAUAAACGGUAAGCUUCAUCACGUGUAAGCAUCUGCGCCACGUUUCUUUAUUUCACUAUACUGUAACGUUGCUUUUUUUUUAUAUGUACGAAGUAAAUAAAAUACUAGCUAGACUUGUUAAAUAAUA